AUGGCAACAGAAACUCCUCCUCCUCCUCCCGGUGUGGCAAUAGAAACUCCUCCUCCUCCAAAAACUUCUCCUCCUCUUGGUAUGGCAACAGAAACUCCUCCUCCUCCUCCUCUUGGUGUGGCAACAGAAACUCCUCCUUCUCUAGAAACUUCUCCUCCUCUUGGUAUGGCAACAGAAACUCCUCCUCCUGGUGUGGCAAGAGAAACUCCUCCUCAUAUGGCAAGAGAAACUCCUCCUCCUGGUGUGGCAACGAAAACUCCUCCUGGUAUGGCAACAGAAACUCCUCCUAGUGUGGCAACAGAAACUCCGCCUGGUCGAUGUGCUUCCAUAUUCAACGUUAUUGCGAAUACCGUGAGUCGACAUGCUUUCAUAUUCAUCGUUAUCACGAGUACCAUUCCCAUCUUCGGCACGGGAUACUUCCUCAUAAGCACUCUGUUGUUGUUACGAAGGGGGGGUGAUCCCAAAUGCGAAUAUCCGCGUUUGGAAUGGGAUUUGUGGUUCGACGUCUUCCUUCUCCUUCUUUUCCUCGCGGGAUCAAUUGGGGUUUCAUUUAAGGCGAAGGCCGUCCAAAUAACUUGCAUAAUAUUGCUGGGUGUUACUACCCUUUUGAUCGCUGUGAUCAGUUGGAGUAUCGAUAUCGGUGGGACUUUUCCGAAAGAUACGAAGAGGAUUGACGACGCCUAUCGUCUUGAGACCUAUGCACCCUGGGCCCAUAAGUUUCUGUUGAAGGACAGUGGUUGGAAUACCUAUCAAAACUGUCUUAUGGAAAAGAAAAUUUGUGACAAGCUCGACAAUAGGGAUUUUGUUCAGGGGGGUUGUUGCAUGCCAGCGUCAUAUUGCGGUUUCGAAGAAAAAAACCUAACGUGGGUGAUCCCCAAGACAGGUCGCUACGCGGAAGAUGCUAACUGUGUCCGUUGGGAUAACGACGAAAGAAAGCUCUGUUACAAUUGCGAAACAUGCCAAGCAGUGUAUGUCUACACCAUAGAAUACAAUUGGACCGGUCGAGCAUUCGGGCCAUUUAUCGGCGCCAUGGUCUUGGUCCUUUGCUUCGCCUUAACUUUCGCGGAGGAUGGCUAUGAGAACAAUCGAUCACGAGGACGUGCUGAUAACAAUCGAUCCGUUUAACGUAAGAGCAUAUGACAUGCGUUACUAAUACUAAUACGGCCCCAUGACACAACCAUGACCAUAGAAGGAAGAAGUUGUACCGGUACAAUGCCAUUCACAAUAACACUGCGCCUUUCUUCUUUAUCUUGAUAUCGAUCUUAGGUGUUCGGACCUGCUUAUGCACGCCUCAAUU